AUGUCGAACUCCAUGGAAAGCUCAAUUGCGAACAAUGCGUCUAUAAAAGACGCUAUGGUUCUCUUAUGUCCUAUCCAAAGCCCUAAAGUGGUAUGAUACUUGUCGAAAAUUUUAUGUCCUUUGUCAUUUCUAUUAACUCAGCAUGAAUUGGUAUGUUAAACUUUGUCGUAAAAUUAAAACCAAUUUUUUUCAAAGGUGUAACACGAGUGCAAAACAAAUAGCAAUGCUUUCAAAAUUUUGUCUGUCUUGUCAUUAACAAGUAAUAACAGGAUUUUUUGCAAUGUUUGGUGUAAUAGCUUGUAAAUUUUUCCCAUACUAUUGUACAAAACAAAGCUGUGACAAAUCAUUGGUGCUAACACUAAAUUGCUUAAAAUCAAUAUUUUUAGCCAUUGUUUUCUUUAACCGAGAGCUCCACACAUAAUGAAACAGGGGGCUUUGUGGAAAUCUUGCCAUGUACUACACUGAAAGCAGUUUAAUUAGAGUUAAGGGGUUAAGUUUCCAAAGAAUUUGGGGUGCUAUGUCAGUGGAAGAGUAUAACAGUAUCAUCAACUGUGCGAAUAAUGUUGGUUGGCCAUCAUGCAAAUGGUGAAGCUUAUUUCAAAACAACAAAGCUGAAACCCAUUUUUGAGUCUACUUUAUUAGUUGAUCAUCAUCAAUUAGCAAAUGGUGAAGGGACUGAUCACUGAUCUGAUACCUUGCUAAGGGGGGGGGGGGUAACUUCAGGAACUCUUGUUAAGGACAUGCUUCCUGAUUCUUGCAUCAAUUCAAAAUAUUUUAUUUUCCACACCUGUCUCCUGAAUUGAUGUCUUAAAUCUACACGUGAUUAUUCAGACCUGGGUUCUGAAAGUUAUAGAUGGUUUUAAGUAGUAUUAUGUGAAGGAUCACUAAACUCUCUUUAGUGUUGAACAGAGAGUAGAAAAAAUGUGGAGAAAAUUGGUAAAACAGUGAACCUCUUUAGUCUAAUAAUUGCUCAAACAAUCAUUUUGAGUGAUGUGAUGUAUUUUGAAAGACCUACUUUUUUAUUUUAUAGAAAAAGGAAAUUGCUAUUACUUACAUUGUGACCUCAGGGCUAAGGUUUGUAACUACUUUUUAUUUGGUGUGACUUACAGUGUUAUCCCUUUCAGGCAGUAAAUGGUAAAAUUUACUGUCUGUAGUUGACAACUGUUCACCUAAGUGGAGGUUACUAGUGGUAGAUGUGUACUGUGGUGUAAAGCGGCAAAGUAUAUAUCCACCACUAGUCACCAACACUGAGGUGCAUGGUUGUUGUAGUAUAAUUUUUUAUACUAAAACAGUGAGAUAAUAUAGCACAAAAAGAAUGAUUUAAACUCAUUCAUUCCUGCAAUGAUUACAAUAUUUUUUAGCGCAAAUCCUGCAAGAGUUGUAAUAGCAAAGGAUAUUCUGAGUUUCAUUAGCCAAUCAGAGUGCACCUUCAAUGCUAUCCACUUUAAUAGUAUAUAUACUAAUACCACUGAUAUUACCCCCAUAAAUUACUUGGAAUUCCUGAAACUUCAACUGGUAAAAUGGAUUGCUGUACCACUUUGAAAUUCCUUUUACCUGUUAUGCUUAAAAAUAGAAAGACAUUGGACUUAAAAUGAUUGUACUUGUAGAUGUGCAGUAGAGAUAUCUGAAUUUGUUUAGGGCAAUGUUGUCCUUAUUGAUUGCUUCAAUGAUCUGCCUUAGAAAGAAUUCAAAUAUUUUUAUUCAAGCAGAUUUAAUUAAAACUCAUUUCCUGUGGCUCUGACAUUUUUUCUUGUAACUUUGCAUUUUAAGCAUCCUUGGAGCUAGCUCAGUGAUCAUUUUUUCAGUCUGGAAAAGGAUUGUAAGAAGUCCAGAGGUAUGUGAAAGUCUUUUAUCACUGAGUUGGUCAAAAGACUAUCAGGACUUUGAACUGAUUUGGACAUGUCCAUAUCCAGCAAUGAAUUAAAUUUAAUUAUGGGGAAAAGGAAAAAAGCCUCAAUUGCUUGGCUUUCAUUGCAAAGGUAAUGUUUGUUACCUCUGUCAGCCUCCUAGGUCAAAUGAACAGAACUGAAGGUAAAUGCUCAACAAAAUAAACCAAUUUAUGUUUUGUUUUUGUCAGUUAGUGCUCAUACACUCAACAAGCUGUUGACAUCAUUUUUGACAACUGGGAGUGAGAGCAUUUUAGAACACAUCAUUGAUACCUUUGCUCAAAAUGAAGCUCCUGUAGUAUAAACAGAAUUUUUUCCAAAAUUAUGCAAAGGAAAAAUCUCUGGUUUUUAUCUAAUUGGCUGUGCUGAUUGCUAUUUAUUGUGUGGUAGAUAAUGAGAAAAGGUGGUAACCUAACAGUGUGCUAUUGUUAACAAAAUGAGAUAGAAACAAGCCUGUCUUAUUUCUAAGUUUAGAACAACUUGUGGUUUUAUACUAUAAAACAGUGAGAUUGGUUGCUCUCAAUUUCUCUCCAUUAUAAUUGAUUUGGGGUUUUCCCACACUAUCUAUCCUGUUAUCAAAAUCUCAAGCCAAUAAUCCAGCUAAUUGGUAAAAU